AUGCCUCGACGACCCCUCGACCCCUCCUCCGACCCUCUCAACAAUUCAACCACUUUGAACCCUUCCCGAGCGCUCGAUCUCAUCAAGCUCCCGUCUAUUCCCAACCGGGAUACGAUUGGCACCAUUGCCGAACCGCGCCGCCCCCUAAAACAUCCGGAUCGGCGCCAUGGCUGGGUGGCCCCAGCGCUUGCGCGGAAUCUGGAACCCGCCCGCUUCUACAGCUCUGCUGGGCAUCGCCAUUGGUGCUGGGAGUAUACAAGUGCCCGUACGAGGCGGCUUCUAGUUGAGGCUAAGAGCAAUGGCAACGCUGCUCUUGCGCACCACAAUCGGUCUCGCCCAAUUGCCCACUUGUGCGCAAGCUGUGUCAUCGUCCUCGUAAGGCGAUCUCUUGCUAACUAA